AUUCGUAAGACAAUCACCAUGGCAGAGGUGUGUGGAUCGUAUCGUACACUUUUGGGUAAACAGUAAGGAAUGAGCACAGAUACGACAAAGCGAUCGAACAACGAAGAGAGUGGUGACGGAAACGCUAGUGUUGUGAUUGGGACCCAACCUUCAAGGCCAAAAAGAAACAGUCAAUCUGUAAACAUCGGUGAGAGUAACAAGUCAGGGGCAAUGACGCUACAGAAUAAAGCAGCCUACAGUACAGAUGGCGGUGGAUGCUUCCGGUACACCAACAUCAGGGCGUUUGUGUGCGGCGGGAUCCAGAUCAUCCUGGGCAUCAUGGCGAUCGGGAGUGGCAUCAUCAUGUUGGUGAUGCAGAGUCUUGGAUGGAUGAUAUGUCUUGGAUUAUGGGGCGGUGGCAUUCUCCUGGCCUCCGGACUGUUCUCAGUCAGGGCGUCAACAAACAAACUCAAGUCCAACGUGCAGAUUUCGAUGGGGCUUGGCAUCGCAGGCUUUAUUGUGUCCAUAGGACUUGUUUUCCUAGGAAUCGCUGGUCUUUACGUGGACGGCGUUGAUGACACCCUCAUCAGGCGGGUUGAUUCUGCCUUGAGUAUGGGGGCUCACAUUAUCAACCUGUUUACCGGAGGAUGGGGAUGCGCCGUCACCCUGUUUGUUGUCAUGUCGACUUGGCCUUAUGUGGUAGGUGACAAGCCUUUCAUAAAUACGGUUGGGCCCGAUAGUGAGGCUCUCACGGGUUGUGAUGGAGGGUCUGGCAAGCUAUCCAAGGAGGAAGCGGCUGCAGAGAAGAAGAGAAGAAAGGAGGAAGAGAAGGAACGCAAAAAGAGAGAGAAAGAAGAGAAGGAGAGGCAGAAGAGGGAGGAACAAGAAGCAAAGAAACGGAAGAAAGCAGAAGAGGAAGAGGCUAAGCGGUUGGCGAAGGAAGAGGAAGCGAGGAAGAAGGCCGCGGCAGCUGCUGGGGGAGCGGCAGCCGGCGGGGCAGGCUCCAGGCGGGCAAGUAGGAGGAGACCAACAAUGGCAGGCGAUGAGGAGCCCGACUCGGACUUUGAGUACGACUCCGAUGAAUUCGACGAUGAUGAUGUGAUUGAAGGAGAGACACCUGAAGAAAGGAGGAAGCGUAGACGAAUGAAGGCGUGGCAGCUGCAGAUCAACAAGCGAUAUAUCACGGGCAAGGACCCCUUCUCGAAGGACAGGGUCUACAACAAGACUUGGGAGAAGAAGUCGAAGGAAGAGUUCAAGGAGACCAAGGCUCAAACCUUGAGACGUAAAAUGAUGGAGGAAAAGAAGGCCAAGCAAUAACCUGCAGCAACAGAUUGCGGGAUGUAUAUAUAUUAUUGUUACAGCUGUAGUAGGGCAGUAGCUUUUUGCAUAAUCAGUCGAGGUUUUGGAAGGCUGUCGCUUUAUAAUGUGUACCAAUUUCAUAGACGCAGUUAGGAAAUUAUCGUGCGAAGUUAACAUAAAUUUGUAUCCGUCAAAAUGACAUAUAGCUCAUGGUCUUUAUGUGAACUUGUCACUUGCUAUCACUCAUGUUUACGUGGUCCGCGUCGGGUUUCUCGAGUCGGUCCCACAUACCCCGACUUCAAUAUCAGAAUAAUGUGUGAGUCAUGUCAUGUGCGAGGAAGAAAACUUCUAACCUCCAUAAGCAAAUGUACGAGAUGGAAGUUCGAAUAUUGAAUUAUGAUUUUAAAUAUGCCUUUGAUCGCAGUGCUGAGGGAAUGGUUAAAUGUUUGAAUUAGUCGUAGUUGACCCCAUCUGUCCAAAAAACCAUCAGUUGAAACCAUCCAGUUCCUCACUCUAGCACCAGGAUUCCGCCUGGCUCACAAUCGAGCGCCCGGUCGAUCGAUCAACCACAAACACGAGCACGUGUCUCUAGCUAUGUGAGCAGACGAGAGAAAUGAUCAGCUCGUCAAGUUUAUGAUUCUGGUGGAUCUAUCAAAAACUCGGUGUUCUUGUGCUGACUCUGACAAUCACGGCAAGGCGGUAGGCGCUUUUACUGACUGACAAUCACGGCAAGGCGGUAGGCGCUUUUACUUUCGUGAGUGUUCUACUCUCGUACUUUGAUGAAAAAAGCAACACCACAUUUUGAUAAAGGUGACCGAAACGCGAAAACACGGUCACAAUCGAGGUUUUUCUCCGAGAUCUCGUGGUUAUUCAUGCUAUUCUCCGUUUCGGUGAUUAUUUGUCUGCAUACUGUUGUUGCAAAAUGUAAACACUAUAGAUUAUCAGGGUUGGAGUUUCUCAUUGUUCUUCAUAGGUUUCGUGACGGUUUCUCGCUGUCGUGAUCAAGAUGACGAUGCUUAGCUUUUACGCCUCCGACUAUUGGUCAAUGCCAGAUUUCAUUUGAUUAAUAACUUGAUACCUUGACCCCAGCUACUGUAACUUGGCUGUAAAUACAGGCGGUUGCUUUCCUGUGAAAAGAAACUUGUCGUUUUAUCUUGCUAGAGAAAGAUGA